AUGAAGUUCAAAAAACGCUUACUAGUCUUGUUAACUACUAUAACUGGGAUAGUUUCACUAUGCGUCUUCGUCACUCUCAUGCUAACCCCACCCGAUUUCCAAAAAACUUGGGAAAACUUCCAGUCAAUAACUCAAGAGAAAUGGCAAGAUGGUGUUGCAAUGGGGUCCACGUUAAACUCUUGGCUCUAUGAAUCAACCAAUGGUCAUUGGCCAUUAAAUCAAGAUGGAGACUCACAAGAUCCCUCAUUCUUACUACCUGGCUCCAAACUGGAUUUGGUCCAAUACUAUCACCUCAAUGUCUCACUUCCAGAUGGAUCGUUUCAACUACAAUCACCGUUAUCUAAAAAACAAAUCGACUCAAUUAAUGAUUCUAAAAAACUCCCCUGGGAAAAAUCUGACCUUAGUCCCUCUAAAAAUCCUUGGUCUGAAAAUACAAACGAACCAGAAUCAAUAGUCCCUCUGGUACGACCAUCAAAGAAAUCCCCAACAAGAAAGGCCCGUGCCGCUUUUAUAUCCCUUGUUAGAAAUGAGGAACUAAAAGGCAUUAUCCAAUCCAUGAAAGAACUUGAAGAAAAAUUCAACUCCAAAUUUAACUACCCUUGGAUCUUUUUUAACGAUAAAGAAUUCACCAAGGAUUUUAAAGAAAUGACACAAGCUGCCACUAAAGCAAAGUGCCAAUACGUCACCCUAGACCCUAAAGAUUGGCUGGAGCCAGACUGGAUCGAUACUGAAAAGGCUCUUAGACUCAAUAACAAAAUGUCAUCCAAAAACCACGUCCAAUACGCCGCAAUGGCGUCGUACCACCGCAUGUGCAGAUGGAACUCAGGCCCAUUUUACACAAACCCUGCCCUUAAAGAUUAUGACUACUACUGGCGUGUCGAGCCAAAUGUUCACUACUACUGCUCCAUCGAUUAUGAUGUUUUUGCAUACAUGCAAGAUAACAACAAGGACUACGGGUUCACCGUUAAUGUUUAUGAUUCCCCCCACACAAUCAAAAGCCUGUGGCCUACAACCGUUUCCUUCUUUAAACAACACCCAGAAUACAUGCACCCCAACAGCUCAAGACAAUGGCUAUUGCAAAAAUCUCGCAAAGAUCACAAUGACUAUACAGGUGGCUACUCCACAUGCCACUUUUGGUCAAAUUUCGAAAUUGGCCGCUUGGAUUUCUUCCGAUCAAAACAAUACCAAGAGUAUUUCAACUACCUGGACUCUGAAGGUGGAUUCUUUUACGAACGAUGGGGUGAUGCUCCAGUUCAUUCAAUCGCAUUGGGUCUUAUGACUGAUAAAUCACGAAUCCAUUGGUUCAAAGAUAUCGGCUAUAACCAUCUGCCAUAUUCAAACUGCCCAAAAUCUAAAAAAUGUAAGGGAUGUGUUGCGGGUAAAUUCUCUCCUUGGAGUGACUUGGAUACUGAAAAUUGUAUUCAAGAAUGGUUUAAAGUCGCAGGUACCGGCUGA